GCCGGACGUGAUAAGUAUGAGCCCGCAGCCACUUCUGAACAUGGCGGCAAAAAGAAGAGCAAAGGGGCGAAGGAGCGGGAUAUGGAUGAGCUCAAGAAGGAAGUCAGUAUGGAUGACCAUAAGAUAACCUUAGAUGAGCUGCACCGCAAGUAUGGAACCGAUCUGACCCGGGGCCUUACAACAGCCCGAGCAGCUGAAAUCCUGGCAAGAGAUGGUCCGAAUGCCCUGACACCUCCUCCCACCACUCCAGAAUGGGUGAAGUUCUGCCGCCAGCUGUUUGGGGGUUUCUCUAUGCUGCUGUGGAUUGGGGCCAUUCUCUGUUUCCUGGCGUAUGGUAUUCAGGCUGCGACAGAGGAGGAUCCACAGAACGAUAAUCUCUACCUCGGUGUUGUCCUGUCUGCUGUCGUCAUUAUCACCGGCUGCUUCUCUUACUACCAAGAGGCAAAGAGUUCGAAAAUCAUGGAGUCCUUCAAGAACAUGGUGCCCCAGCAAGCCUUGGUCAUCCGUAGUGGUGAGAAGAUGUGCAUCAACGCAGAAGAUGUGGUCCAGGGAGACCUCGUAGAGGUGAAAGGUGGUGACCGGAUCCCGGCUGAUCUCCGUAUCGUCUCUGCCCAUGGCUGUAAGGUGGACAACUCUUCCCUGACCGGUGAGUCAGAACCACAGACCAGAUCCCCCGACUUCACAAAUGAGAACCCCCUGGAGACCCGGAACAUCGCCUUCUUCUCCACUAACUGCGUGGAAGGAACCGCCCGUGGUGUCGUCAUCAACACCGGUGACCGCACUGUCAUGGGACGUAUCGCAACCCUGGCUUCUGGUCUGGAGGGCGGCCGUACCCCAAUUGCUGUUGAAAUCGAGCACUUCAUCCAUAUCAUUACUGGUGUGGCCGUAUUUCUGGGCGUCUCCUUCUUCAUCCUGUCACUCAUUUUGCAGUACACUUGGCUUGAGGCUGUCAUCUUCCUCAUUGGUAUCAUUGUCGCCAACGUGCCUGAAGGUCUCCUGGCUACUGUCACUGUGUGCCUUACACUUACCGCCAAGAGGAUGGCUCGUAAAAACUGCCUGGUGAAGAACCUGGAAGCUGUGGAAACCCUUGGAUCUACCUCUACCAUCUGCUCUGAUAAGACCGGGACCCUCACUCAGAACCGUAUGACUGUGGCGCACAUGUGGUUUGACAACCAGAUUCAUGAAGCAGACACCACAGAGAACCAGAGUGGUGCCUCCUUUGACAAGAGCUCCCCCUCAUGGACUGCCUUGGCUCGCAUUGCUGGCCUGUGUAACCGUGCAGUGUUUCAGGCAGGUCAGGAGAACACGCCUAUCCUGAAGAGGGAUGUUGCUGGAGACGCCUCUGAAUCUGCUCUGCUGAAGUGUAUUGAGCUCUGCUGCGGAUCUGUGAGGGACAUGAGAGAGAAGAACUCAAAGGUGGCCGAGAUCCCCUUCAACUCCACCAACAAAUACCAGCUGUCCAUACACAAGAAUGCCAACCCCUCUGAAUCCCGCUACCUGCUGGUGAUGAAGGGCGCCCCCGAGAGGAUCCUGGACCGCUGCACCACCAUCCUGCUGCAGGGAAAAGAGCAGGCGCUGGACGAGGAGCUGAAAGACGCCUUCCAGAAUGCUUACCUGGAGCUGGGAGGACUGGGGGAGAGAGUCCUGGGUUUUUGCCACUUAGCUCUCAAUGAUGACCAAUUCCCUGAGGGCUUUAACUUUGACACAGAAGACGUGAAUUUCCCAACCGAGGGCCUGUGUUUCGUGGGCCUCAUCUCCAUGAUUGACCCUCCCCGUGCCGCUGUGCCCGAUGCUGUUGGUAAAUGCCGAAGUGCUGGAAUCAAGGUUAUCAUGGUCACUGGUGACCACCCUAUUACAGCCAAGGCCAUUGCUAAGGGCGUGGGUAUCAUCUCUGAGGGCAAUGAGACCGUGGAAGACAUUGCAGCCAGACUGAACAUCCCAGUGAAUCAGGUGAACCCCAGGGACGCCAAAGCCUGUGUAAUCCACGGCUCUGACCUGAAGGACAUGACCGGUGACCAGAUCGAUGACAUCCUCCGACACCACACAGAGAUCGUCUUCGCCAGAACCUCCCCUCAGCAGAAGCUCAUCAUUGUGGAAGGCUGUCAGAGACAGGGAGCCAUUGUGGCUGUGACUGGUGAUGGUGUAAACGACUCCCCGGCUCUGAAGAAGGCCGACAUUGGUAUCGCUAUGGGUAUCGCAGGUUCUGAUGUCUCCAAACAGGCUGCAGACAUGAUUCUUCUGGAUGAUAACUUUGCCUCCAUUGUGACUGGCGUAGAGGAAGGACGUCUGAUUUUCGAUAACCUGAAGAAAUCUAUUGCCUACACCCUGACCAGUAACAUCCCUGAGAUCACUCCUUUCCUCAUCUUCAUCAUCGCCAACAUCCCUCUGCCCCUGGGCACCGUCACCAUCCUGUGCAUUGAUCUGGGAACUGACAUGGUCCCCGCCAUUUCCCUGGCCUAUGAACAAGCAGAAAGCGACAUCAUGAAACGUCAGCCCAGAAACCCCAAAACAGACAAGCUGGUGAACGAGCGUCUCAUCAGUAUGGCGUACGGGCAGAUCGGUAUGAUCCAGGCCCUGGGUGGCUUCUUCACCUAUUUCGUCAUCCUGGCGGAGAAUGGCUUCCUGCCAUGGACUCUGCUCGGCAUCAGAGUGAACUGGGAUGAUCGCUGGGUAAACGAUGUGGAGGACAGCUAUGGGCAGCAGUGGACAUACGAGCAGAGGAAGAUCGUGGAGUUCACCUGUCACACCUCAUUCUUCGUCAGCAUUGUCGUGGUGCAGUGGGCCGACUUGAUAAUCUGUAAGACCAGGAGGAACUCGGUGUUCCAGCAAGGCAUGAAGAACAAGAUCCUGAUUUUCGGGCUAUUUGAGGAGACUGCACUGGCAGCCUUCCUGUCAUACUGUCCAGGCAUGGACGUGGCGCUACGCAUGUACCCGCUCAAGCCAACAUGGUGGUUCUGUGCCUUCCCGUACUCGCUGCUCAUCUUCAUAUACGAUGAAGUCCGUAAACUGAUAAUCAGACGCAGCCCUGGCGGCUGGGUGGAGAAGGAAACCUAUUAUUAAGCGCACAGUUUGUCCUGACAUUUCACACGUCCUCCCCUCCCCCUCCGCCUGCCUGCACAACACCCCCCUCGUUCCCUGCGUGCACCUGUCUGGCCUGUUUCCUGUGAAAAAAAGAAGAUGCAUUUUGGCGAGGGGCGCAGAGCCGCCUGUGUGCGUCCUGUUCAGAGUUCUCAUUGUGCCUUCUCUGGUUUAGUUUUUGUAAGGGAGCACGUCCACAGAGAUGUUUUAUAUAUAAAUAUAUAUCUGCAUUUUUACAAAUAAAGGUGGGGUUCAGAGGUC